AUGUGCCUCGUGCUAUCGCAGCUCCUUAUCGAAUCUAUGUCAAUCACCAAUAUCUUCAAGUUGCUUUGUUUUAGAGCCGGCACUUCGCAGGCGGGUGCCAUGCACACGGCCGGGAUCCGUGGCCCGCGUCUUCUUCGAAUGAUUUGGGGGAGGGACUAUCAUUAUUCAAGGAGGUAUCCCCCUGCUUCGACGAGCCAACUUUGCGCUAUUCGUAUCAUUGCGGUCCGGAACGGUGGGAGCGCUCUGAAUGGGCGGGAUCCUGAACACAGUUCUGACAUAGCGUGCACUACAUUGGGAAUGGCAAAACAACACCGACCGCGGGGCGGCAUCCGAGCCCUCGUGGCCUUCCAGACGUCCCGCUGCUUCACUUCCGGGCUCAGUAGAAGGGGGGCGGCAGCGAAGGGGGUUGCUUUGCUUGCAUUGCGGGCCCUGAUCGUCGAGCCUGUAAUCCUCAUCCGCCGUUGGCCUCGCUUUUCCCGCCACAUUGGCGGAUUGAGCGCAAUCACUGCUCGGAUCACGAACUUUUGUACAUCGUGGGUGGUUGUUCCUUGCGGCAUUCCGUCAAGCGCAGUAUCUGCUGUAAGCCUGCAGUCAGACUGGAGGUACUUCCACGCUGUUAUGGCGAGAACGGAUGAGCCUGGCGUACCGGAACAUCGCAACGGGUGGACUAGACAGUCAGGAAUUGAUGCGAAGGAACCCUCUGAUCGUCCUAGUCUCCGUUCACUUGAGGCCGAUGGGCCGCAGGUCCAGCAACGUUCGUGGCUUCUGAGCCUCUGGCGAGGUCUCCGUGCUGGGCAUCUACCAACUGGAAGGCGGGCGCGCUCCACUCCGAUCAGCCCCACCCGUUGGUCGGAUAUCGAGGCGUACACGCUAUCAGCAUUCUUUUCGGACGAGCUCACUCGUUGUGCGGACCAUCGGCUGGGAGCCAGUGGGGUGCAGUAUCUGGCAGCAUGGGCUUAUACAAGCAGUCACGCUGCGAUAUGCCUCACCUUCUUGCUGCACGGAUCUCGUCCGGUGAUGGAGGGGUGA